AUGUCAGGUUCUCCUGUGUCAGUCUCCUCAUAAGAAGAAUAUAUGGUCGAGGCCAUUACUAAUAAACGAGUUAAGAAUGGAAGAACCGAAUAUGAAGUAAAAUGGUAGGGAUAUUCCGAUAAUGAAAAAACUUGGGAACCUAUUGAAAAUCUACAAUCUGUUAUGACCUAUGUGCUUGAUUUCGAAUAAUCUUUGAAAUAAAAAUAGCCUCAAGAAGUUGGAGAGGGAAAUUAUGAUGAUGGUGAUUCUGCAGACGAAAUUUUGUAAAUUAGAAAGGAUAAUGAUGGACAAAACCUCCUAUUUUAAGUCUCCUGGAAACAAAAGAACAACCGUGCACCAAAAGUAUCAUGGAUUAAUCAAAAUACACUGAAAACGCACAAUCCAGAAAUUUUGAUUGAUUAUCUCUUGAAGAAAAUCAAAUGGCCAAAUAAUAAAUGA